UCUUGCAUGUUGUGGCACAGAUAGUUUCUCUCCUCCGGUGGGCGUGGUUUUCAGUGUGUGACGCGCUACGCUGUGUCUUGCGUCGCUUCCAUGGAAACAGAACGUUGCCAUCUAACUAUGAAACCAACGAAGACUCAAAACAGUUGACGUUAGAUAUUUCAUCAUUCAUUUUCACGUUAGUCAACACAAUGGAGACUCCUGGAAAUUCUGCAGAAACACAUUUAAUUAUUCAAAUAACUGUCUUUCGUGGAAAUAACCUGCAAGGAAAAAAGUCAGACAGCUUCCAGAGUUUUCUGCAGGUUGAAGUAGAUGGAAAUGUGCUGGGAGAGUCAGAUAAGAAGCAGUUCGAUGCUGUGGAGCAGCUCGUUGACUACGACUUUACCUGCAACUUUCACUGCCCAAAUGACAUCCAGGCUCUCAGUGGCAUGGCCCAUAAACCCAUCAUAUUGACAGUGAGAGAGUUCCUGCCUGAGGAGAAGAAAGUCGAGGCGAAGACUCCAGUGUUGGGCCAAGCUGUGGUUGACCUGCUGCCACUGCUACAAGGUCAGUGCAGCUUCUCAUCCACAGUCCCACUUAAUCCAGUGACCAGCUCUUCAGCCAAAGAGUCCUCCCAUGACUCCGGCAACAAGAGUGUCCAGACAGCAGUUAGAGCCAGACUGAAGAAGGUCGCCAUGCAAGUCCUUUUAGCAGGCAAGAGGAAGCCGACCCUGGAUGUGUGUGUGAGUGUGUCUGAUCCAGUGCGGUCUGAUGCUGAACUUGCAGUCUCCAACCUGCUGAAGGUAACCUUGGAGACAGCCUACUCCAUCCCUGAGUCAUGGACGCUGCAGUCUGGCCCUGCCCCCACUCCCUGCACAUACACUGCUGCCCUGGAGGUCCCACUUACUGCACAGAAAGAUCAGGUGCUGGUGUUCUGUGAGGGGCAGCUGAAGGCUGGGGGGCAGAGAGAGGAAAAAGGCAGACCGAAAAAGAGGCCCCAUCGGGCCCCGCUGGUCCCUGGGAACCACUUCCUGCCUGCUGCCUUUUUCAACGCAGAACCCAUUGAACAGGAGGAUGGAGAGCUGAAUGGCUUAGAGGAUCAGGAGUUUCGAAAUGAAGCAGAGACCACGAGGCACAGGGUGAGCUGGGACACGGAGAUGCGCUGCUUCCUGGAUGCAGGAGGAACAACCAGACUGCGGCAGAAGAUCACUGAGAGCAGACUGUGGCCAGUGGAGAUAAUGAGGUCGCUGGCUCCGCUGACAAAGGCAGCAGAAACCAAGAUGCCAGCUGAGGAAAACCAAGAGAUCCCCUUCCACGGUGUUGUGUUUGUGGACAUGGGGCGGCUGCUGUAUCCUGGAGUCAGCCGCAUCCGAGGAGCAUACAGCGUUCAGCCUUUCUCUGAGGCUGAGUUGCUGAAAAAGGCCAAGAGGAGUGUCAGUGUGUUAAAGGAGCAGGCUAAGGCUGCAGUCGAGCAGGUCAAAGCUCGUGCUGGCUCGGCUACAGGCUCUUACAAGGCGAAAGCAGGGAAGAGCUUGGAUGGAAAGGGAUCAAAGGAACCCAAGGAGCAAGCCAGAAAGCAACCUGGUAAUCAAAGCAAAAUGGCUGUGGCCGAAAGUGUGGCGGACCCUGUGGCUGAAACUGAGCCACACGUCAAUACAGAAGGAAAUAUGUAUGUGGAGGCCAGAACAUAUAUUAUCAUUGAGAUAGCCUUGGAGAAACCGCUGGUACCCAAAACAUCUCCAGAGGAGCUUGCCAGAAGGGUGAAGGCUUUGAUCCCACCCAGACCUCCAGUUCCAGCAGGCCCUAGCCGAGCAGAAAAAGCCGUGCUGGACUUCCACAGGCAGGUAGGCAAUGUGGUGGCCCAUGUUUCAGACCAGUAUGAGGAAUUGUUUGGAGCAAGAUGCAACCCAUAUGAAGAGAGCGGCAAGGAGCAAAUGAAGGUUCAGCUGAUGGGAUCGCUUAACACCUCUGGAAGAUACGUCACCUUCAAGGAACAGAUGAAGCAUGCAGUGGUGAGGAUUGUACGUGACAAGAUGCAGCGGACGGAGCCAUUCACUGACCCUCAGGAGCUGAAGGCUUUUGUCAGCAAGCUUUAUGUUUACCUGGUAGACGAAAUGCACAUAGGUCUCAACAAGAUUUAUUCAGCAGAUGACGUUGAUGAUGACUCCCUGGAUGAGAUCCAGUUGAGUUCUUCUCAGCUCAGACAUUUUGCCAGAGAGGCUCAGCUUACCGGGGAUUAUCAGCAGGCUGUUCAGUACUACCAAGAGCUGGUGGUGAGGCACCCCACUGAGCCCUCACACAAGUUUGAGUGGGGAAGUCUUUACAUGCUGACAGGAGACUACAUGAAGGCUGAAGAGUGUUUUACUGACGCCGUGUCCAUCCAGCAAGCACACCAACCCAGCCUGAUGAUGUGCGGGGUCUUGGCAGCAAUGUUUGAGCGCCAUGAGGAGGCCCAGACCCUGCUAGAGAGAGCAACCAGCAUAGAUCCGCCCAGUGUUGUGGCCUGGACGCUGCUGGGUUUGCUCCAUGAGAGCCACAACGAAUCCAUCCUGGCUGAGAGAGCUUUUCUUGAGGCCAGAAGGCAGCUGAGGGCAAAAGAGGCAAAGAAGCAAAUGCAGAACGAGGAGGAGAAGAAAGGCAGGGAGAAACACAAGGAGGACAAAAAUGAGAAAGAGAAAGACCAGCGAGAGGAAGAGGAGAUGGCAACACCUGCAUGUCAUUCUCCCACUGUUAAGAAAGAGUGUAAAAACCAGGACUCAGGGGUGCAGGGAGAGCCCCCGGCACAGAGUGUCAGCUCCGGAUCAGCUCCUGCUAAAUUCUCCAACAUUUUCACUGAGACGGUUCAGUUCCUGCUGCAGAACGCUGCCCUGCAGAUGGCAGAACGUGCUCUGUCUCUGGAGCUCCUGUGUUCAGAUGGUGGUCGCAGCGUCUCCUAUCUCCUUCAUCUGGCUCAGUUGCAGCUGCUCAGAGCUGACUACUGCAGUGCCGCUGCAAGCCUCGAGGAGGCGCUGUGUCUCAGAAACCAGGAUGUGGACGCAUGGGCGCUAAACGGUCACUGUCACUACAUGCAAGGGGCUUUUAGUGAUGCCCAGGAGAGCUACGAGAGGAGCCUCAACAUCCUGCAGCAGCCAGCAUCUUGUCCUCUACUUGUCCUCCUCCGUCUGGGAUCCAUCUACCUCCAGCAGGGGAAGUGUGAGCAAGCCAAAGUUGUCUACCUGCAGGCUUGUGAGCAGUCUCCGUCCUGCCUGACCUGGCUGGGCCUGGGCACCACCUAUUACCGGCUGGAGGAGCUGAGUGUAGCUGAGGAAGCUUUGACUGAGGCCAACCAUUUGAACACACAGAAUGCAGAGGUGUGGGCUUACCUGUCUCUGAUCUGCCUCAGGUCUGGAAGACAAAAAGAAGCAGAGCAGUUUUAUAAAUAUGCAACAAGGUUCAACCUGCAGAAGGAGUCACUCCUCAAAGAGUUCAGUGAGCUGAAGGAGCAGCUCUGCUUCACUCAUCUGGAGUCAUGCUUCGGAACAAGCUCAUGAAUAAUACGACCAAGUGGAAACUUGAUACCACAGCUCACUACUGCGCAGACUCUGGCUCAAAAUUACAUCCCCAGCACAAGAUGGCAGCAGCCAUAUACAAGAUAUUUUGGUUUCAUUUUUAUACAGUCAUUUUUUGACCUUGUUUAAUAAAAUGUUUAGUCUUUUGCACCCUCAUGACAUCUAUCUUUAAAAAUAUAAUUUCAUCAUUUUUUAAAUGUCACAUAACACAUUCAGUUAAAACCUGUAGCUAUUUGUUUCAAAUAGUAAUAAACAUAGCAGCAUUCAAAAGCCUC